UUUUUAAAAAAUUCAUUGACGAUAAGAAUUUGUAGAUAAAAGGAUCUUAAUUUAAAUAAGUCCUAUGUUUUAGAAACUACAAACAAACUAACUUUUUUAUUUCUCUCUUGAAUUUUUAUUACAUUUUUAAUUUAAUGUCUCAAAAUUUAGGUUUUCAUGAUCAGAUCACAAUACUUCAACAGUUGUUAGCUGACAUAAGCUUUCAAAGAUCUAAAGAAAUUCGACAGUUGGUUAUUGAUGGAUGUGAGUUUGUUCAAAACCAUGGAUCAGCAUUUUGGACAGAUUUAUUUGUUCGUUACUUUUUAUUUCAAACUGAACAUGUGAUUGAUGCUGAUGAUUUGCUAUUUUUUAUCAGGAAAAAAAGAAUAAAAAGCAGCUUAAAAUAUUUACCAGCAUUUGAAACUGAAAUGGAUGUAUUUCGAAAAGAUAGUAAGAGACUUCCAGUUGGUGAUCCAGAUAUUAUUUGGGAAGAAACUGUGUAUUUAAAUCUUAUUAUUCAUGAAUUUGAUUAUACUUUAACCCUUGCUAUUUGUACAAGAACAAGUCCAAAAGAACUGCAAGUUUUACAUAGACAUUCUCAAAAAGUUUACGCAUCUCCAAGUAAACGUAGAAUGGACACUAAAGGAGAUUUGGAAGAAAUCACUUAUCCUUAUGUAUGUUUCAUGGUUGACAACUUUAAUGAGGUUUUUUGUGAUAUUUUGGUCAGAGAUGGUGAAAUGGUAUGUGUUGAACUUGUUGCCUCUGAUAGAAGUGGAAAAAUGCGAAAUGUUAUUUUUAUAGGAUCUAUAAGAUAUGAAGCUCUUAAAACAGUCUAUAAUAGCAGAAUGAGUAUGACAAAUAAAACAGCUCAACAAAUGAUAUUUGGUUUAUUUUCUGGGUCAUCAACUAAAAGAAUUGAAUUUGUCAGGCUCAAAGGACCCUAUGGUAAAGGUUAUGCUGAAUUGGCUGUUGCAAAACCUUUAGGAUCAGGUUGUGACGUAGAAACACCUACAUCUGAACCAGGUUACAAUGCAUUAGAUUGGGAUUCAGACCUAAAUGCUGAUUUAGAAGAGUUUUAUUUUUGCAGACAUCAGAGACGGUUAAGUGAUCCAUGCACUAAUAUUAACAUAUUUACAAAUGGUAAUUUAAAGUUAAAAGUUAAUGAUAAUAAUAUGUCAAAGAGAACUAGAUCAGAAAGUGAUGGAUUGGAUAACUUGGCCAAUGGACUGCCUGAAAUAGAAGCUGGAAAUGUUAAGGAUGAAUUGGAUGAUGGUGUAUAUAAUCCACUGUGGACAAUGAAAGGAUUUGCACAAACUUUUCAUUUUUGGAAAGAAACCAGAAGGGCACAGUCUAUUCCAUUAAACAUGUUCCUAACAUACAUUACUUUGCCUUGGUGGAGUAUAAUUGAAGAUAUCUUAGCUGAUCAAGAUAAUCCAAUUCUUACUUUUUAAUAAAAUAUUUAUUUUUAUUUUUAUUUUAUAAUACUAUCAAAAUUAUAAAAUGCCAUUGUUAUUAAAUCUAUUAAUACUAUAUAGCAUUAUAUAUUUAAAACUUUUAUUUAGAUAAUUUGUAUACAUUUGACUAAUUUAUUAUUACUUAAUCAAUUUUGUAAAUAUAUUUAUUACAAAUUUUUUGUCAGA